UUAGACAUGAAGGCAAGAAGAGCAACUAUGGGUUUGACUGCAGAGCCAGUGGAUUUGUUAUCUUCCUCCUCUCUUUGCCAGCCUCACAGAGAAAUGAGAGGAGCAGCUAUGAGUUUACCUGCAGCAGCGAGUGGAUUUGUUGUCUUCCUCCUCUUUGUGUCAGCGGUGCAGGGCCAGAGUGGUUGGGAAGUUAAAUGCAAUCCUCCUCAGAUCUGUGCCUCAAAAGGAUCAACAGCAGAAAUACACUGCACCUACAGAUACCCGCCCACAGUUACAAUUGUUACGAAUAAAUUCUGGUUUACGAAACAGAAGAGAAAUGGUGAUUAUGUGGAUCUGAGAACAGACCCAGAAUAUUCAGGACGUGUGAAGUAUGACUGUGAUCAGAACAAAUGCACUCUGCGAAUCACAGACGUGACAGAUAGAGACUCAGCUGAGUACAAGUUUGUAGUUGUAACAGACCAACCAGAUGGGAAAUAUACUGGUUUACCUGGAGUCACUUUGUCUGUCGCAGAUCUCCAGGUGCAGGUGAACAGUUUAGAGGUCCAGAAGCCUUUUAGCUGGGCAGAGAUGACGUGUCGCAGCAGUUGUCGUCUGCCAGGUCAUCUUCACUACGCUUGGUUCAAGAAUGAAUGGAAAAUUUGGGAGGAAGUAUCUGAUUCUUAUUCAGACUACGUUGGCGCCGCAGACGUCUAUUCCUGUGCUAUAGAUGGAUAUGAGGCCUCCCGCUCUCCUCCAGUGUAUGCUCCAAAGCUUCCCUCUGUGUGGGUGAGUCCCUCUGGUGUGAUAGUGGAGGGCUGUUCAGUGAAUCUGACCUGCAGCAGUGAUGCUAACCCAGCAGCUAAUUAUACCUGGUACAAGGAGAACCAAACACUGCUUAAAAACGAACAACAGCUCGUCUUCAGGUCCAUCCGGUCCUCUGACACUGGACAGUAUUUCUGCACAGCUGAGAACAAGCUUGGGAGGAAACAAACUAAAGAUAUCUUUCUUGAUGUGAAAUAUGCUCCAAAGCUUCCCUCUGUGUCAGUGAGUCCCUCUGGUGAGAUAGUGGAGGGCAGUUCAGUGACUCUGACCUGCAGCAGUGAUGCUAACCCAGCAGCUACUUAUACCUUGUACAAGGAGAGCCAAACACUGCUUCAAGGACCAGAGGGCAUCUAUCGUUUUACCUCCAUCAGCUCUACGGACAGCGGUAUCUACCUCUGCAAGUCUGAAAAUCAGUACGGACAGAUCAACUCUCCAUCUCUCUGUAUAGAUGUCCUGUAUGCUCCAAAGCUUCCCUCUGUGUCAGUGAGUCCCUCUGGGGAGAUAAAGGAGGGCAGUUCAGUGACUCUGACCUGCAGCAGUGAUGCUAACCCAGCAGCUAAUUAUACCUGGUACAAGGAGAAUGAAGACUCACCAAAAGCAUCAGGACAGAACUUUACCAUCACUGACUUCAUAGGUGAACACAGUGGGAAUUAUUACUGUGAAGUCCAGAACAAAAGAGGACGUCACAACUCCACCUUACAUCUGAAUGUUGUGGCAGGGAAUUCAGCAGUGAUAAUGAAUAUCAUCAGGCUGACUCUGAUGGGCUUGAUGGUGAUUCCUCUUCUUCUCCUGCAUCUGUGGAUGAGGAAGAAGAAAACUGUGAUUGUCACCGCUGAACCGCAUGAACCUGUAGAGAUGAUAGAGGUAGACCCUUCUCCUGUGUAUGAGUACAUCUCAGACACGGAACCUAAAGAGGAAGGAAAUCUUGUCGGUCACCAGCCUGAUCUCUGUCUUCUGCUUGUUGACCACAGUGGAAAGUUGACGCCCUUCUUCAGCCCUCACAGAGAGAUGAGCGGAGCAGCUAUGAGUUCACCUGCAGCAGCAAGAGGAUUUGCUGUCUUCCUCCUCUUUGCGUCAGUGGCACAGGGUGAAGAUGUCUGGGAAGUGACUUACACUUCUACUCAGAUCUGUGCCUUAAAAGGUUCAACAGUGGACAUAGAGUGCAGCUACAGAUACCCAACCAGAAUAAAUGGGCAAGAUACGGAAGUUCAGGAGGAAAUCUGGUUUAAAGGUGAUGAACAAAUACAUCUGCAGCGCGGUGGUGACAAGAACUGCGCUCUGAGAAUCAGAGAUCUGAGAGAGAGCAACUCAGCUGAGUACAAGUUCAUGUUCACAACAAACCAACCAGAUGGGAAAUAUACUGGUUCACCUGGAGUCACUGUAACUGUCGCAGAUCUCCAGGUGCAGGUGGACAGAUUAGAGAUCUACCAGUUUAAUAGCUGGGCAGAGAUGAAGUGUCAGAGCAGUUGUCGUCUACCUGGUCAUCUUCACUACACCUGGUACAAGAAUGGAUUGAAAAUUUGGGAGCAAGCCUCUGAUUCUUACUCAGGCUUCUUUUAUCCGGCAGACAGCUUUUCCUGUGCUGUACGAGGAUAUGAGAUGUUCCCCUCUCCGCCAGUGUAUGCUCCAAAGCGUCCCUCUGUGUCAGUGAGUCCCUCUAUUGAGAUAGUGGAGGGCAGUUCAGUGACUCUGACCUGCAGCAGUGAUGCUAACCCAGCAGCUAGUUAUACCUGGUACAAGAGGAAAAUAUAUGAAUACUCUCAUCGUUUCAGUAAAGAACCACAGAUCGUCUUCAGGUCCAUCCAGUCCUCUGACACUGGACAGUAUUUCUGUAGAGCUGAGAACAAGCUUGGGAGGAAACAAUCUGAAGAUUUCUUUGUUGAUGUGAAAUAUGCUCCAAAGCUUCCCUCUGUGUCAGUGAGUCCCUCUAUUGAGAUAGAGGAGGGCAGUUCAGUGACUCUGACCUGCAGCAGUGUUGCUAACCCAGCAGCUAGUUAUACCUGGUACAAGAGGAAUGCAAAUCCAGACCCUCUCGGUAAAGAACCACAGCUCGUCUUCAGGUCCAUCCAGUCCUCUGAUGCUGGACAGUAUUUCUGUAGAGCUGAGAACAAGCUUGGAAAGAAACGAUCUGAAGAUUUCUUUGUUGAUGUGAAAUAUGCUCCAAAGCUUCGCCCUGUUUCAGUGAGUCCCUCUGUUGAGAUAGUGGAGGGCAGUUCAGUAACUCUGACCUGCAACAGUGAUGCUAACCCAGCAGCUAGUUAUACCUGGUACAAGGAGACUGGACAUGAAUCCCUUCAUCCUCUCGGUAAAGAACCACAGCUCGUCUUCAUGUCCAUCCAGUCCUCUGACGCUGGACAGUAUUUCUGUACAGCUGAGAACGAGCUUGGGAGGAAACAAUCUGAAGAUUUCUUUGUUGAUGUGAAAUAUGCUCCAAAGCUUCCCUCUGUGUCAGUGAGUCCCUCUGGUGAGAUAGUGGAGGGCAGUUCAGUGACUCUGACCUGCAGCAGUGAUGCUAACCCAGCAGCUAAUUAUACCUGGUACAAGGAGAGUAAAGCCUCACCACAAGCAUCAGGACAGAGCUUCACCAUCACUGACUCCAGGCCUGAACACAGUGGGAAUUAUUACUGUGAAGCCCAGAACAGAAGAGGAAGCCUUAACAACACCUUACAUCUGAGUGUUGUAGCAGGGGCAGGGGGAUUAAUAGCUGCUGUAACAAUCCCUGUUGUUCUUCUCGUUAUCAUAUCCCUCUCUGUCUUCCUGUGGAUCAGAAAAAAGAGGGCUUCCAAUGAAUCUUCUGAGACUGAAGAGGGCCCAGGCAACCGGGAGCGGGGGAGAAUAGCUACAGAGCAGGAUGACCUUCAGUACGCCAGCAUCCUCUUCUCCAGCAACCAGUCAGAUCUUCUCUACUCCAACAUCAGACCAGCUCAGCCCUUAAGACACAUGGAACAACAAGAAGCCACUGAGUACAGUGCUAUCAAAUAUAUCAGUACCAGCUCUGCCCUGAGAACCGGGGGUCAGGAAGAGGAUCCAGCUGCAUUGUACAGCACAGUCAACAAAUCCUGAUGAGCGCAACAGGCAGAGUGCAUUUAAAGUCUGAUAUUUCCAUGUUUAUUCAUACAUCCUUAUAAUUUGGAUUUAAGCUGGUGGGAUUGUUAAAAUAGAUUUCUCAGGAUGGGCCAAGAAGGUACGGUAGAGACCACUACGUAUCUUUGAGAAUCUUAUAAACUGAACACUCACCCGUGUUCAGCUUUGUGUUUUACUCAGCUCUCAAGAGUGUGUGUGAAAUCCUUUCAUUCAUUAAAUUGCAAACAUUACUUGUUUAACAUGCUUUUCAUGGCCACCUGACCCCUGGCCCCAAAACAUACCUGAAGAAGUUGUUGAGGGAUGUGAUGCCGCUCAGAGUUUGGAGCUUCUUUGUGAAUUACUCUUUGAACAAGCAUUGAUUUCAUUUACUAUCAUCAAAAUUAUAUAUUUUUUUGUAUAUUCAUGUUACUAUGCAUUUUAUGACCUGCAGAAUAUAAUGGUACCAGAAUGAGGGAAGUCUGAAACUGUACGUGUGCCUUCAAAUAUUAUGAUGUCUGGAACCAAAUGUACCAAGAAUGUGUUUGAUGUCUAUUCUCAUGAAAAAGCAGUUCCCGGGUCCAGCUCGGCUCAUUGUGUACAUUUUGGCAACACACAAUAACCCUCACAUCACAUCAGGCUGACAACUGGUAAUUAUUGGAGUGACACUAUUGGUGUGUAAGUGGACCUGAACCCAUCUGCUCCAUGCUUGCACCCAUUUUUCCAUAGACUCACAUGUCCAACAUAUUUUUAGGAGUUUAAUCUAACUUGACCAGCUAGGAGCUACUUUUUUAAGAUGUAAUAUGGCCCAACUUUUAGUUCAGGGGAAGUAGUUAAAGUGAUUUCCAACAUCUAUGUCUGCUGUGGUAACACAGUUAGAGAAAAGUCAGGCUGAAGCUGUUCCCCUGCUUUCAUCGUGGAAAAAACACAUAACCCCUUCAGACCCGGUGUUCAUGAUAAUGGACAUCAAAUAUGAGUCACAUCAUUGCUGCCCGAGUUGCACUGAUGGAUUUCUGGAUUUCUUGGGAAAGGCUGGGGAACCUCUGGUCCAUUCAUAAAUAAAAAGCAUUUACUGUUGUUUUCACUGAUAAAAAAUUAACAUAAAAUAUAGGCUGCACGAUCUUUAGAGUGGUCCCUGAACGCAACACAAGCGUCGUGUGUGAUAUCACAUCAUCAUAUAAUGUCGUUGCAUUAUGGCAGCUGUCAAGACAACGGAAGUAGAUUUUGUGUGGCGCCCUUUCCAAGAGAAAUGGAGAAAUUAUUUUAUUUGUUGUUGUUGUUGUUGAAUGAGAAGACAAACCAGUGUGUCCGAGUUAGAUUGUGUGGACUGGCUGGCAGUGGUGAAGAAGGCUAACCUCAAGAGGCUUUACAACAACAAACAUGCUAAACUGGAUUAGUUGUGAGGUCCAAUGUGCUUGGAUAAAAUUAAUGCUCUUCAGUGGAGUCUGUGUUCCAACAAGCAGCUUUCACGAGACCACAUCCUGACAAAGACAGUGUCAUAAAGGCAAGUCUUGUGGUGAGCGAGCUAAUAGCUAAGAAGCUAAAGCCUCAUUCAGAGGGAGGACCUGUGAAGGAGAGCCUUGUUGCUGCUGUGGAGCUGCGAGCAGCAGACAAAGUGAAACUGUUCCAAAGCGUCUGUUUGUCUGGAUUAAUUCAUGGAGACAAAGAAACCUGAUGUGGAAACUCAGUGAUAGCAAGCGUCUGUGUGAUUUUUACCUUCAUGGUGGACAUUACCAAGAACCUCUCUGAACUGAGCCUCAAGCUCCGGCAGCUGGAAAGAAGAAACACUGCAUUUUCCUGCUGUGCAAGAACAAAAGCUGCUGUGACGUCUGAAUCUGCUGCUGAGUGUGAAAACUCCUUCAGAUGUUGGUUUCAGGACAUGAAGAAACUGGAGAUAUUUGCUGUUUAAUGUGGCACCGGCUGAUGUGACCGACAACCUACAACAUAAAGUUAUUGAGCUGCAAAGCACGAAGCUACAGCAACCUCCAUCUGCUCCAGUUCUGUUAAUUAUACGUACAUCUGGAGGAUUUUCCCAUUCAGAGGAGACAUAUCCUGAAGUGUACAUCUUUGUUUGGGACAACCUUUGGGACAAAUAUUAAAUGUUAUAAUAAUAAUAAAUGUUUCUGGAAGUAAUGUCACAAUCGUAAGAAUUUAUAGAAAUCAUGACUGUGUAAAUUAAAUUCCUUUUUGAGUUGCUCAAAUGUAUUCAAGGUUUGCUCUUGAAACACCUGUGCAACCUAUAUUAACCCUGAGUCCAUAGUAGAUGGUUAAAGUCUGGGUUAGAAGCUAUUUUAGUGGCCCUGCUACUAGACUUUGACAAUUUUAUUCUCUUACGUACAUUUGACCAUAUUUUCAUUGUUCCCUUGAUCCAUUCAUUUCCAAUCUUAAGUUUCUUUUGAGUCUUCUGGGUCAAGAAUGGGAGUGAUUCUAUCGGUAUGUCUGGACCAAUUGACAUAAUUAGUCUAUAAAGGAUGAGUGAAAUCCAAAAGCUGCUAAUGUAUGGUAAAGGAAGCUUCAUUUGACCAUAUCAAAUGCCUUAUGAGCAUCCAGACUGAGCAACAUGGUCGGCACCAUUUUUUGUACAUGGCAUAAUGCUUAGUGUCUCCUAAUGUUAGUGGCACCUUAUCUCUAGAAUGAAACCUGGUUGGAUUAAUUUUGAUAUACAUCUUUGCAUCCUCUGUGCUAAUAUAUUUGUCAGUAUUUUUAAGUCAUUGCAAAGUAAACUAAUAGGCCUGUAUCCCUCACAUGCUGUUGGAUCUUUGCCUUCCUUAUGUAAGACAGAAAUAAUGGCCUCCAACCAUGUUAUUGUUAAAUCACCUGAUGACUAAGCAUAAUUGAAUACCUUGUGUAGUACUGGUAUUAACACAUCUGUAAAGCAUUUAUACAGAGAGCCAUCUGUGCCGGGGGAUUUAUUAUUAAGAUUUUUUAUUGUAUCCGAUAUUUCCCUGAGUGAAAUUGGCUGAAUCAUUUCAGAUGCUUCAUCCGCUGAUAAUGAUGGUAGAUUUAAUUUGUUUAGAAAUUCUUGUAUUUUGUUGUCAAUGGAAUCAGGCUCUGAGUCAUUAUAUAAAGUUUUAUAGUCUUCUGCAAAUGCAUCAGCUAUCUCUGUUGGUUUUUCCCUAAUUUGUUUUGACGCUGGAUGUCUUCUUUUAAAAUUAUCCUAUUUGUUUAGUGUUCUCAGCAAGCUCUAUUACCAAUAUCUUUGAGAUGUAAAGCGUAAAUUUCCUUCUGCUUUGUAUGUUAAAAGCAGUUGGAGGAAUGUGGAAUUAGCUAAUGUUCUUUUAUGCUCUAAUUCUAACUCUUUGAUUCUGUUUUCUAGGAUUCUUUGUUGCUCUAAAUGAUCUUUUUUCAGCCUAGAUGUUAUUUCUAUUAUUUUCCCUCUUACGACCGCUUUUCCCGCCUCCCAUAAAAUUGAUGGUUAUACCUCCCCAUUGUCAUUUAUUUGAAAGUAGUCCUUUAAACAUUGUUUUAUUUCCUGUAAUACCUUCUCAUCUGAUAGGAUUGAUACAUUAAACCUCCAGUACUUGAAGCAAGAUCCUUGACCCAAAUCCACAGUCAAUGUAAUCGGGGCAUGAUCACUAAUGGCUAUAUUCUCAAUGUUACAAUCUGUGACUUUGUAUAAAUGUUGUUGUGACACACAAAAAAAGGUCUGUCCUUGAAUAGCUACCGUGUGGAUUGGAGUAAAAAGUAAAAUCCUUUCCUCUAGGGUUCUUCCUUCUCCAGGGAUCAACCAGGCCUAGCUCUGUAAUUACAUUAUUUAACACUUUGGAUUUUUUGGUGCUCAAUCUAAUUUACUGUUUUGCACAGUGUUGAAGUCUCCGCCCAUUACUAUCAUUCCUUUCCCAUUUGCUGUCAGCAUAUUUGCUAAAGUUUUAACAAAUGUUACGCUUUCUUUAUUUGGGGUAUAUACAUUUAAUAUUGAAAUAGUCAUGCCACAGUGCCCACAACCAUUACAUAUCUUCCCAUAUUAUCUUUUAUCCCUUUUUCAGGUAGAAAUGGUAGAGAUGUAUUGAGACCAUUAACUCUGCACCUCAUAUAAAUAAAAACAAUUGUGCAUAAGAAAGAUACACAGUGAAAAAGACAUAGAAAUACACACUUCUUUCAAAACAAGUUCACAAUAACAGUAGAACAUGACUCCCAAAUGUCUCUCACCCAGAGGGUGGUGGCUAGUUCUCUAUGGGGAAAUGGCACUAUGUGCACUUGCAACUCCCAGAUGUAAAACAAAAGUUGCUAAAC